CAGGGUGUCAGGCAAGGCGAGCUCCUGCACCUGCAGGAUGGGACUGCUCGCCCCGUCUGUGGGGUUGUGCUUGUAUGUGGAGGAAGGAGGUUAUACCCACUUCUUGGAAGCUCCUGACCACUCGCCAACAUGGUAGUUUUCACAUGCAAUGCAUGUGGAGAAGCUGUGAAGAAAGCACAGGUUGAAAAGCAUGUGAACAUCUGCAGAAACUGUCAGUGCCUGUCUUGCAUGGAUUGUGGCAAGGAUUUCUGGGGCGAUGACUAUAAGGAACAUGUGAAGUGCGUAAGUGAAGACCAGAAAUAUGGCGGAAAAGGUUUUGAAGCCAAAACUAACAAAGGAGAUGCCAAACAGCAGGAGUGGAUUCAGAAAAUCCAUGAAGUCAUGAAGAAGCCAAAUAUAAGCCCUAAAGUGCGGAACAUCCUGGAGCAGAUGCGUGCCUUUGAUAACAUUCCAAGAAAAAAAGUAAAGUUUCAGAAUUGGAUCAAGAACAGUUUGAGAAUUACUGACAGCACUUUACAAGAUCAGGUGUGGGAUGUUUUCUCAGAAGCAACCAGAAAGAUUUCAAAUGAAAAAGAACAGGACAAACCACAACGGAAGGAAGAGCGCCAGUCUGCAGAAACUGAGGAAAAAACAGUGGCAGAAGAAAAUGGAAUUACAGAUGAUAAAGCUGAGAAGAAAAAGAAUAAGAGAGAACGAAAAGAAGAGAGACAAAAGAACACAAAGAAGGAGAAAAAAGAUUUGAAAUUAGAAAACCAGUCAGAGGUAAAAAAGAGUAAAAAGUCCAAGAAAGGAAAGGAGAGCGUGGAGAAUGAAACAAAUGGAAAUGGCCAUCAGAGUGAAGUUGAAGAGGAAACAAAAGUAAAGAAACGCAAACAUAAACGUGAAUUUGAAACAAAUGGAAAUGGCCAUCAGAGUGAAGUUGAAGAGGAAACAAAAGUAAAGAAACGCAAACAUAAACAUGUAGAAGCUCCAGAGGAACCUCCUAUCAAAACAAAGAAAAUGAAAACCGAAAACACCAAUGACAACAAAAAAAGUGUGGGAACUAAUAAAGGUAAAUUCAACUGGAGCGGAACCAUCAAAGCUGUUCUGAGACAGGCUCCAGACAACGAAAUUUCAAUUAAAAGACUAAGAAAAAAGGUUAUAGCUCAUUUUUACGCAGUAGCUGCUGAACAGUACAAAUCAGAAGAGGAGAUCCUUGUCACAUUUAAUAAGAAAGUGAAUAACAAUCCCAAAUUUAAAGUUCGGAAGGACAAAGUGAAACUUGUGAAAUAAAAGUUUGCAUACUUUGCUGUUGCGUUUUAAUCUUGCAGAGGGAGUCAAACUCUUCUGUCACCUGUACAAAUACUAUGCAUUGGUCUCAAAUUGUAUAUGUGAAAGCAGAAUUUAACUUUUAAUACUGGGCUCGUUUUUCUAGAUUGAUCACAGAACAUUUUCAAAUACUUUAUUUUUUGAUUUUAUGGAAAAUGUAUAUUUUCUGGUACAAGUUUUAAGAGACAUUGAAAAUAAUUACUGCCUACUGUAUUAAAAUUCUCCCAGUAAUGGAUAUAAUUUAUAGGCAUGAAUGUUUUACCUGGACCUAGGUUGUGUGGCUUUUUGCAGAAACUAUUUUAAGAGCAAAGAGGAUUUUCAUAUUAAAAAACCCACUGUGGAAUAAAUGUUUUGUUAUGUUCAAAUCCAAAGUGGCAUGACUGAUAUCCCCUUUACCCAGUGUAGCUAGUGUACGCAGGCUUUAAUAAACUGCUGAGUCCGUGGUGUAAAA